AUGCUUCCUGAAGUACCAUUUGAUGAAUUCCGAGUUGGUUCCCAGUUUUUCACACUUACACGGCGGCACGCUCUGAUGGUGAUUCAAGAACGACGUUUAUGGAAGAAAUUCAUGCGGCCAUGUUUAAGAUCUGUAGCUUGUUACCCUGAAGAACAUUACUUUCCCACAUUUUUAUCAAUGGAGGAUCCAGAAGGGUGUAGUGGCUAUACAUUGACUAAUGUCAAUUGGACUGAUAGUGUUAAUGGACACCCGUAUACUUAUCAUCCAUCUGAAUUGUCGCCUGAGCUUAUUUACAAACUCCGGAGGUCAAAUUUUAUGCAGCCUUACAUGUUUGCCCGGAAGUUUACGCCAGAUUGCUUGAAUCCAUUGAUGGAUAUGGCUGACGAUGUCAUUUUCCGGGACUGA